AUGGUAGAUUGCGGGAUCUAUACUAUUGGCUGGAUUUGCGCGAUCCGAGCUGAGCUUGUUGCCGCCCAGGAACUCCUUGAUAAAGAGCUAGAAGAGAUUGUCCCGACACCAGAAAACGACAAUAACAAUUACACUCUCGGGAAGAUCGGGGAGCACCAUGUUGUUAUUGCUGGGUUGCCCCGUGGGCAAUACGGAGGGACCAGUGCUGCAAAUGCUGCAAGGGACAUGGUUCGCACUUUUCCUAAUGUCAGAAUUGGCUUCAUGGUAGGCAUCGGUGGAGGUAUUCCGACUCAACAUGAUAUUCGCCUUGGUGAUGUUGUGGUUGGGUCACCUACAUACCGUAGUGGUGGCCUCAUCCAAUAUGAUCAUGGGACAACAGUUCAAGGAAGAGGCAUCAACCUUAUGGGGUCCUUGAACCAGCCUCCUCUCCCUGUCCUAGCAGCCAUCACCAAGUUAUCGGCACAUCAUGUCAGAAAAGGACACAAUUUGGACCAGACAAUUGAAGAAGUGCUGUUAAAGAACACAAAUCUCAUUGACGAAGGCUUCCAAAGACCGCAUGAUGACACAGACAAGCUGUACGAAUCCACUUUCAUCCAUUCUCGCGCCGGAGCAAGAUGCUUGGAUGUAUGCCCCGCUUCGAAUCUCAAGCCACGAGAUCCACGUACAAAGGGCCAGGGCAAACCGAAGAUCCACUAUGGUCUCAUAGCAUCGGGUAGUCAAUUGAUGGAGGACGCCACUGUCAGAGACGAGCUCGCCGAGAAAGAGCAUGUGUUAUGUUUUGAGAUGGAAGCUGCUGGCUUGGCUAACCACUUCCCUUGCGUGGUUAUCAGAGGAAUAUGCGACUAUUCUGACUCUCACAGAGGUCGAGAGUGGCAAGGCUAUGCGGCACUUGUAGCCGCAGCCUAUGCGAAACAGCUUCUUCUACAAAUUCCACCUCAAAAGAUCAAGGAAGAGAGAAAGAUGAAGGACGUCCUUCAACAGAUCGAAGGAAGACUUGAGCCUAUAGCUGAGACGAAAGAGAUUGUUGAAGCCUUAAAUGUCAAGAGAAAAAGGGAAGAUGAUCUGAAGAUCGUUGACUGGCUGGGUGCAGCUGAUUACUCUUCCGAGCAGCAUGGAUUUUUGCAGCCUGAGCAACGUCAACCGGGUACAGGUCAACAAUUCUUGAGUUCCGAAGAUUUCCAAAACUGGUUGGAAACCAAAAACUCAUUCCUUUUUUGUUCUGGUAUGCCUGGGGCAGGAAAAACAAUCACCACAGCCAUCACUAUCGAGUAUCUACAUUCGAAGUUCGGAGAUGAUCCUACAGUCGGCUUGGCAUACGUCUACUGUAGUUAUCAGAAACGUGAUGAACAGAAACCACAGGAUCUGUUUGCUAGUCUUCUGGGACAACUGGCACUGUCUCAGUCACCAUUUCCAAAGGCGAUGGACGAACUAUAUGAGAAAAAUCACUAUGGGAAAAAGAGGCCAUCGUUUAAAGACAUCAUGGAUACUCUCUGCCAAGUCGUCAAAAGUUUUUUGUCCACUUUUAUUCUCAUCGAUGCACUAGAUGAGCAUGAGUCAUGGGAUAAAUUCCUUUCUGAUGUUCUUGUACUACGAGAGGAGACCACAGCCAACAUCUUCCUCACUUCGCGUCCCAAGCCGAGCCUGCCCGGAAAGCUUGAAGGGUGCUUGAUCCAUGAUAUCCAGGCCGAUGAUCAAGACGUAGAGCUAUACAUCAAUCAAAGAAUGGCCCAAAUGAUGGUUCUCAGUGAACAAAACACGGAACUGUCAAAGGAGUUGAAAGAGGAUUGUCGAAAUUCGGUCAGAGAGAAACUAAGCAGGGCAGUCAAUGGAGUAUUUCUCCUCGCCCGAAUCUACCUUGAUAAUCUCAAAGAAGAGACAAAACUGAAAGACAUAUAUUCGUUUUUGGACCAUCUACCCACUGGUCUAGCGGCUUACAAGGAUGCAUACGAGAAGACCAUUCGCAGGAUCAGAAAUCAGGGACAGCAACACCGAGACUUAGCGAGAAAAGCACUGAUGUGGCUCACAUUUUCACAAGAGUCUCUUACCAAGACGGAGUUUCGGCAUGCACUCAGUGUAGAAGACGAUAUGUCAGUACUCAAAGAGGAGGAUCUCGAAAGCACAACCGUGAUCCUCCAUGCGUGUAUGGACCUUGUCAUGAUUGAUGAAGGGUCAGAAACUGUCAGAUUACUGCAUUUUACUACGAUGGAGUAUCUGAAGGCUAAUCCAAAUUGUCUCCGAUCUUUGGAGUCUCCGGAUAACCCCAAAUUCAUCGAAAAUCCAUCAGACUUGGAUACCGAGAAGCGCGUCGCCAGGGAGUACUAUGAGAUGAAGCUUGCCUCAACUUGCCUGACGUACCUGUUGUUUGAAGAAUUCAGCAGUGGGCAAUUUAACGCGAUAGAUGAGAUGGGGUAUAGUUCGUCUGAUAUUAGCGAUAUACAAAGACGACUUGGCAAGCAUCCGUUAUAUUCUUAUGCGGCCAGGUACUGGGCUUAUCACGCUCGCCGAGGAGAACCAUGCAUCAAAAUGUUGAACUUUUUGAAAAGCGAUCCUCACGUGAGCUCAUCGAGUCAGUGCAUACCAGAAUUUCGAUGCGGCCUUGAUCAAACUAGGUUCCAGACGAGACUGGGCUGCGUCACUGGUCUUCAUUUAACGGCGGUCUUCGGACUGGAGGGAGAAACAGCCUCCCUUCUGAGCAGUGGGAUGGAACCAGAUGUCAAAGAUGGAUGCGGUCGGACACCGCUGUCAUAUGCUUCUGAAGCGGGGCAUACGAAAGUGGUCAGUCAACUCUUGGACUUCACAGUUGAUGUAGAGUCAAAGAGCGAUUGGGAGUUCGUAGAUUUGCCACGAACAGCACUAUCUCAUGCAGCAAAGCAGGGUCAUACGGAGAUCGUUUCAGUUUUACUCAACAAGGGCAGAGCUACCCCCGACUCGAACCCAUCGUUUGUAGAGAGGCAAUCCGUGUUUGAGCGAACUCCGUUGUCUUUUGCUUCAGAAGCUGGCCAUCUGAAUGUAGUCAACCUACUACUUGGGGCGUCAGGUAUAACACCAAAUCUCAAGGUUUAUCCUUAUUGGACUCCAUUGCACCACGCGGCACAGGCUGGACAUCGUGAUAUCGUGGAGGCGCUGCUAAAUAUGCGAGAUGUCGAUCCUGAAUCUAGAGACAGGGGCGGCAUGUCACCGUUACACCUUGCGGCGCGGGCUGGGCAUGAGACUACUACCAAGCAUUUUAUUGCUACUAAAAAGGUAGACCCUGACCUCGUCGAUGAUAACGGCAUGACGCCUCUGUCCCUGGCAGCGAAAGUUGGACAGGAAGAAGUCGUGAGGUUACUUCUUGGGGUAAACAAAGAGCACCGAGAACCCCAAGAAGACAGAGACGGCUGUCUUUUUCCAACGCUUCUUAAACCAUGGCCCAAAUCAGAAACAAAUCAAUCACUGAAAGACAGGAUCAGAUCAAUAAUAGUUCACGGACAUGUGUACGCAAACUCCAAAGAUCACAAAGGACGAACGCCACUAUUCCACGCAGCACUUCAAGGCCAUGUAUCAAUUGUCAAAUUCUUCCUCGCUCGAAGUGAUGCAGAGCCUAACAUUCAAGAUUUUGAUAGACGGACACCACUUAGCCAUACAGUAUACCGUAAUAACGGAAUCUCUCAACUACUGCUUGCUUCCCAAGGCAUCAAACCCGAUAUGGAGGAUGAUAAGGGCCGUACACCACUCUCAUACGCAGCAGAAUCACGGUGUCAUUCCGGUUUUCAACUAUUACUUGCAGAUAAUCGGGUGCGACCUGACAGUAGAGAUGCUUCUGGACGUACUCCGCUCUCUUAUGCAGCAGGAUAUGGGGACGCUUUCAAGGUUAAGCUACUACUGGAGAACCCGGGAGUAGAUCCAAACGUGACAGAUACAUUGGGGCGAACCCCCUUUUCAUAUGCAGCAGAGAAGGCUGAAGCGGGAUGUUGCAAACUAUUCAUUGCGGAUGCCCAUGUUGAAGUAGACUCUCAGGAUACUCCUGGGCGGACACCCCUCGCAUAUUUGGCACGAAGGGCAGAGGUGCUUAAGACAAAGCUAGAUAUGGGGCUCGAUGGCUAUAAGCAUCAUGAUUCAUCUGCUGAAUAUUUCCAUGGGCAGGAUCAGGAAACCUUGGGCCAAAUACGAACAUUGACGUGGGAAUUGGUUACAGGCAGAAACGUGGAUCUUUUCUCUUCGGACAAAGAUUGGCUAACACCUGCAAUCAUGAUGCCAGAGCUUUUACAGUAUGAGCGAAAAAGACCUUCGCAACAAAAGGGGAUGAAAAGAAAGUAUGUAUCAGAAUAG